AUGCCACCACCAAAAGUCAAGAAGCUCACCGCGCAGCCGAUACGCACGCGUCAAUUCGCUGGGAAACCGGCUGCGGCCGAAGCAAAGGAACAGUCCAGUUCGGACGAGUCCGAGUCGGACGAGGAAAAACAGCAACCAAAGCCCUACGCGAAAUCCAAGCCGGCGCCAGUCUCGUCGUCGUUUCCCAAGGCUGCGCUCAAGUCGAAGCUUGCGGCGCGACAAAAGCAGGAUGCGGAGCGUAAAGCACUAGAGGCCGAGUUUGAGACUGAGAGCGAAGACGAGGGCGGCGAUCAAGGCAGUGGGAGUGGGAGCGGGAGUGGGAGCGGGAGCGAAGACGAGUCUUCAGAGGAAGAAGAGUCGAGCAGCGAAGAGGAGGCGCCAAAAAAGCUGUUGCGACCCGUGUUCCUGAAGAAGAAGGAACGCAGUCAGGGCAUGGCCAAGUCAGCAGAUGUUCUCGCAGAGGAAGAAGAACGGCGGCGGCAGGAACAGGCGCGAGCGGUUGUUCAAGAGCAGGUUGAACAGCGCGCAGCUGAGCGCGCUGCAGGCAAGAAGGACUGGGACGACGACAUUGAAGACGCCGACAUCGACGCAAUCGACGAUACCGACCGACAUGACCCCGCCGAGUACUUGGCCUGGAAAUUGCGCGAACUCAAGCGCAUCAAGCGCGAGCGCCUCGCCAUCGAAGAAGCAGAAGCCGAGCGCGCUGAAAUUGAUCGCCGACGCAACCUCUCCGCUGCCGACCGCGAAGCUGAAGACCGCGCCUUUAUUGAGCAGCAGCAGGAAGACCGUGGCGACCGUGGUCAGAUGCAGUAUAUGCAAAAGUACUUUCACAAAGGCGCCUUCUUCACUGAUGAGCUGGCAGAGUUGGGCGUCGAUCGCCGGAAUCUGAUGAACGCGCGCUUCGAGGACCAGACAAACCGCGAGAUACUACCCGAGUUCAUGCAGAUACGCGAUAUGACUAAGCUGGGCAAAAAGGGCAGGACGAGGUACAAAGAUAUGCGGAGCGAGGACACAGGCAAAUGGGGAGAUCUAGGCUAUCAAGGGCCACGUCGCGACGCGGGCGAACAUGGGCUGGACGAUCGCUUUCGAUCCGAUUCAUUUAAUGCAAGAGAUGGCGGCAGAGGAGAGGGCGCGACAGGGGCUAAUGCGAAACCACUAGGAGACAGGAAGAGAUUUAGUGACGAGAGAGAGAGAGAUGGUAAACGACCGAGGUUUGACGAAUAG